AUGCGUUCCGAUGAGAUCGCUAGGUGCUAUAUUUUAGCAUCAAUUAGCAAUGGGUUGCAACAGCAACAUCAGAACAUGCUGACGGCUACAGAUAUGAUCUACAGCAUUGCUGAAAUGUUCGGCAGCCAAGGCCGUCAAGCCAAGCAAACUGCGGUGCGUAACUUCAUGAACUGCCAGAUGAAAUCUGGCACUCUUGUUCAGGACCAUAUGCUAUUGAUCAUAAGUCACCUGAAUGAGAUGGAGCUCAUGGGAGCUGAAAUAGAUGGGGAAACUCAGGUGGAUAUGAUCCUAGAGACUCUCCUGGAGAUGUUCGACAACUUUAAACUCAACUAUUCGAUGAACAAGUUGAACUAUUCACUCCCAGAACUCAUGAAGGAGCUUCAGACUGUGGAAACCCUACUGCUUAAAGGAAAAAAGAGGAAUGGAGAGGCAAACCUUGCUGAAGCAAAGCCUUCCACCUCUGGCGCCAAGAAACAGAAGAAAGUCCGCAACAAGAAGAAACCGGCUGGAACAAAUGCCCCCUUGGCAGAUUAG